UCCUUCGGUGCCUGCGCUGCCUGUCUGUCUUGCGUCCCCUCAACCAUGCCUGGCUCUCCUGGCGGCGCGGUGACCCGUCCCCCGGGCAGGCGUCCCCUCCGAGCCGGUCGACCUGCGGCGCUGGCGGCAUUGCUGGCCACGCUCCUGGCCCUGUUGGCGGCCACGGUGGUCGCCGUGGCAGGCGGCAGCCCAUCAAAACACUCGCCCCGCGCCGAGGCCCCGCGCCCGGACCGCGUGGCGGAGCUGGUGUUCGGCUCGCGCACGGCCCUGCCCAACCAUGCCAAGGCCCGGCACCUGCUGCAGACGGCCCUGGACCGGGACUUUUAUGACGGCCUGCCUGGGCGGGCGUCGGCCGAUGGGGCUGCCGACGCGGGUGACGACGGGUCCGCCCAAGCGGGCCUCACCUCGGCCCUGGACUCGGCGGCCUACGGCGGGCUGCUGUCAUACAUGGACUCGCUUGGGCUCGGCGAUGAGAUGUCCCGCCGGGACCAUGCGUCGGCGAUCAUCCGCGAGACGCUGAUCGCCGGCUCGGUGCCGGCCUUUCCGGUGUUUGACAGCCCGGCCCCGGUGGGCGAUCGGGCUCAGGCCGAGCCGUCCGGUGAUGCGCACAUGCUGGCCAUCGGCGCGGCCCUGUCCCUGGCGAACCGGUACACCCGCGGCAUCGGGGUCAAGGCCAGCUGCUCCCGGGCGGCGGAGUUCUAUCGACGCGUCGCGUCGGACGCGGUGCAAAAUUACCGGCCCCUGACGGCUCGCCCGCCGCCGCUGGCGUCGCUGCUGCUGGCGUCGCUGGCCACGCCCGGCGGCCUGGCCGCGCACGGGGCCAACUCCGCCAGCGGCUACUACACCACCAUGGCCCUGAGCCCGGGAAGUGAUCUCUUCAAGUACUAUGUGCACCUGGCCGAUGGGGGCGAGCGCUCGGCGCAGAUGAUCAUCGCUCGGGCCCUGCGCGGCUCGCCCGCGCACCGGGCCGCCGCCGACGAGUAUCUGGAGCGUGCCGCCCGCCGGGGCAGCAUCCAGGCCAUCUGCGAAUUGGGCAACGUCCUGCUGGAUGACCCGCCGGCGGUGGUGGACCCCGGGGUGGCCGACCCGGCGGCCAUCCACCGGGCCAAUCUCCUGCGCGCGCGGGACCUCUUCCACAAGGGCGCCCGCAUGGCCGGCAUGGAGGCCACCCUCGGCACCCCGGUGGACUUGAGCAACCCCCAUGCCGGGGCCGGGCCGGGGCCCGGCGAGGCCGAGGCCGAGGACUCCGGCGACCCGGCGGCCGCGGCCGCGUCCCGCCACGCGCGCCAUGUCGAGUCGGCCACCUGCCACACCGGGCUCGGCCGGCUGCAGCUGGAUGAGCUGCUGCGCACCGAGGCCGCGCACUUCGACACCGACGCCUACUCCCAAUCGCUGGGCACCGUGCUGAAUCACCUGCUCCGGGGCGCGGGGCUCGGCGAUUCGGACGGGGCGUACUGGGCCGCGCGGGUGCUGUCCGGGGAAUUCGGCGGCCACUUCGACCUGACCUCGACGCACGACGUGCGCGUGCGCAUGCUGGUCAUGGCCGUCGAGCGCGGCCACCUGGGCGCGGAGUUUGAAUUCGCCAACUUCAUCUUCUCCGAGUCUGCCAGCCUCAGUGACAGUGCCUGCCGCCUGGCCCUGUCGCAUUAUAAGCACGUGGCCGAGCAUCACCCCCGCGUGUUGGCCCUGCGUCAUGCUGUGCAGGAGGACGCGGUGGAAUUGGCGGCCGGGCGCGGGGUGGCCGGCCUGGGCCGGGCCCUUCGCACGGCAUUGGCCCGGCGCCAGCGGCCGGCGGCUGGCCCCCCGGCCGGGCUGCUCCCCGGCGACCCGGCCCCCUCGGCCGAGGCGCUGCUGGAGUCCUUUGUCCUGGAGCGGCUGCUCUACCUGGGCCACUUGGGCCUGGCCGGGGCCCAGCUGGAUGCCGGGUGGUUCUUGGAGCAGGGGCUCGCCGGGGCGGGGGCCCGGGCGACAGCCGCCCCCCCGGGCGGCAUGGCCCUGGUCGCCGGUCCGGGCCCGGCGUACUAUCCCCCGGGCGGGGUGGGCCGGUGGUCGGCGCCGGCGCGCGCGCGCCUGGCCCUGUUGCAGUAUGUGCGCGCGGCGGCCCAGGGCAGCGUCCGGGGGCUGGUCCGAGCCGGGGACAUGUAUGCCUCGGGCAGCCUGGCGCCGUUGCUGCUGCUGGGCGAGCCCCCUGCGGAGGGGGCCUCCCUGGGGGCCUUCGGCCGAGCGGCCCGGGCCUACCUGGCCACCGCCCUGCCGGAGAUGGUGGCCGCCGGGGCCCGGCCGGACUUGGCUUCACAUCGGCUGUUCCUCUUUUCGCGGGAGGCCGUGACCGGCACCCACGCGGCCGGGCUGCCCUCGGUGCUGCAGGGCAACCGGCCUGCCGGCAGCGGGGAUGGGCCGCAUGCGGCCGGGGCCCCGGGCUCCGGGGCCGGCCCCGAGCCCCUGAGCCCCCCGAUCGAGGGGUCCCACGCGUCGCUGUCCUCUGCCCAGCGCCUGGCCCUGGUGCUGCGGGCGCUCUUUCCCCGGCUGCCGGGCCCGGGGGCGCGGCUGCCCCGCCAGGUGCUGCCCCUGCGGCCGGAGGACCUGGACACGGCCUGGUGGCUGGCGGAGGGGGCCGCCUCGGAGGGGUGGCCGCCGGCCCCGAGCCUCGGCCUGGCGGCCAAUGCCACGGCCCUGGCGGCCGAUCCGUGGGUCGACCGGGUGGCCGGCGCGGCGGGCCUCGAUGACUGGACCGGCGGCGGCGGGGCGGCCGAGGCCUUCGGCGGGCUGGAGCUGCAUGGCAUCGGGCCGCCGCAUGCGCCCGAAACCCGGGACGACGCGGACGCCGCCGUGGCCGAGGCAUACUUCGCGCUCGGGUGGCUGCACGCCACCGGGGCCGGGUCGUGCGGGGCCCUGUCGCGGGCGCCGCUCUGGCGCCGUGGCCUCGACCGGGCCCGGCUCCUGUGGGCGCGCCGGGGUGCCCCGGCUGCCGGGGCCGGCCCCGGCCCGGCGGCCGAUCCCGCCGCGGCCGGCUGCGUGCCGUACGACUUCUAUCGGGCCAAGCACUACUUCGACCUGGCGGCGGCCCGGUCGCCGGAUGCGCGUCUGGCCGUGGGCCUGGCCCUCCUCGGGUCCUGGCUGAGCCACUGUGCCGAGACCCUGGCCUUCUUCUACUCCUACUAUGUGGUCGGCUCGUCCAUCGACCUGGAGCUGGCUCUCCUCGGCAGUGUGGGCGCCCUGCUGGUGGCCCUGGCGGUGGCCCGGUCGAGCGCCGCCGCUCGCCAGCGCCAGCAGCUGCAGGUGCCCCCGGGGCUGGGCCAGCAGUGAAGCGCGGGCUGGGCGCCUCGCCCCGCCCCACAGCUGCCAAUGGACACGCCACAUACCAA